AUGAGGGCAACCGGACUCCUCUUGGCAGCAGGCCUAAUGGUCACCUUGGCCGUUGGCAAGCCCGUCAAGCAGCGCUCUGCUUUCGCUGUCAAGGACUCUCACCACGUGCCUCGCAGGUGGACUGAGGCCCGCCUCCCUGAUGCUGACCACAAGAUCGCACUGCGCAUCGGUCUGAAGCAAGGUUUUUUCUCAGACCUGGAGCGGCAGCUGUACGAGGUGUCUGAUCCCGACCACCAAUUCUACGGUCACCAUCUCACGGCCCAAGACGUUCACAAGUUGGUCGAGCCCUCCGAUGAGACCUUGGACCAGGUUCAUGAGUGGCUGGCCGACUAUGGCGUAGACAAGUCAAAGCUGGACUACAGCCCGGCCAAGGACUGGAUCACUGUCACCCUCCCCGUCGCCGACAUCGAGCAGAUGCUGAACACCAAGUACUCGAUCUACCGUCAUGACGAUGGCUCGGAGGUUGUGCGUACUCCAAAGUGGUCUCUGCCGCUCCACCUCCACGAUCACAUCGACACGAUCCAGCCGACCAACUCCUGGUUCCGCGCCAGGCCCAAGGCCUUCGCACUCAAGGUCGAGACGCUCGAGGACCCGAAGCCAGCCACGACGCUGUGCAGCAACGGCUCCGUAACUGACGUCUGCGUCUGGGAUCACGUCACCCCCACUUGCCUGAGGACACUGUACGGAACCAUCGACUACCAGACACGGUCUGCAGACACCAAUAUCAUGGGCCUGGUCAACUACCUCGGCGAGUCCAACAACCGCAACGACACCUUCCAGUUCCUCUCCAAGUAUAGACCCGAGGCAAAGUCCGGGGCCUACGACUUCAAGUUCGACUCCAUUGCGAACGGCACGACCUCGCAAAUCUAUACCAACCGAUCGAUCGAAGACCAGACCAACAUCGAGGGCAACCUCGACGUCCAAGCCAUGCUGGGGAUCGGCUGGCCAACCAGACUCAUCGCCUACUCAGUCGGCGGCCGCGCUCCCUCCAUCCCAGACGCCGCGACCCCGAUCUACAGCAACGAGCCGUACCUCGCCUGGCUGGAGCACCUGCUGUCGCAGCCCGACGACGAGCUGGCCAGGGUGAUCAGCACGUCCUACGACGACGACGAGCAGACCGUGCCCCUCUCGUACGCCACGCGCGUCUGCAACGACAUGGCGCAGCUCGGCGCCCGCGGCGUGUCGCUGCUCUUCGCCUCGGGCGACGAGGGCGUCGGCUUCAGCGGCUGCUGCAGCUCCAACGACGGGACAGACCGCUCCUCCUUCCUGCCCGAGUUCCCCUCCUCGUGCCCCUUUGUGACCUCCGUCGGCGCCACCAUGAACUUCACCCCGGAGGUCGUCGCACAAAAGGAGAGCAAAGGCUACGCGAGCGGCGGCGGCUUCUCGAACUACUUCUCCCGGCCCCUGUACCAGGAGGCCGUUGUCGACGCCUAUAUCGAGUCCCUAGGUGGCAGGGAUGCGGGCUUCUACAACCCAAGCGGCCGCGGGUACCCUGACAUCGCAGGCCAGGGGUACUCGUACGUCGAGGUGUGGAACUCGCGCCAAGUACGCGUGUCUGGCACCAGCGCGUCCACGCCCGCCAUCUCCGCCAUAUUUGCGUUGGUCAACGACGCGCUGAUCGCUGCUGGCAGGAGCCCGCUUGGGUUCCUCAACCCGUGGCUUUACAAGCGAGGUCACAAGGCCUUCACGGAUAUCACAUCGGGUAGUGCCGUGGGCUGCUCUGAGCUUGGGGACGGCCUCGGAUUCCCUGCGAAGGAGGGCUGGGAUGCAGUGACUGGCUUUGGAACGCCUAGGUUCAAGGAUAUCCUCGAGGUCUUGGGUGUUGGCAAUGCUACGUUCACGGGCAAGAAGCAGGGCUGGAGUGUGUCACAAUGA